AUGGCUUCACCCGAACCACAAAAAUCUGAAAGUCCCGUCCUAUGUAGAAGCCUCGACAGCAUGAGGAAUACCUGCCUCCCUCCCUUGCAACCUUUGCGCAGAACAAAUUUAAAGCCAGAAAUGGAGAACUACAGGCAUGGCUGCAUUAGGGAUUCCAUGUUUUGUAAUCACCUCAUCCUAAAGCCAGAAUUGGGAAGAACACGAAGAAAUUGCAGCGUGUUACCAGGAUGUGAUUUUGCGUAUGGAAAGCCUAACAACUAUGAAGAAAAUGUGGCUAAAACAAUCGGACAAUGGAAAAUACAUUCAUAUACUACUCCACCGAGAGUAGUAAGCCCACAUGAUUUUCUUUACUUAAAUGCAAAAGCUGUACAGGCUGGCUUUAUUACUUCCGCAGAGCAACAUAUAUUCAGAAGGAAUUAUCACAAAACCAAAGCAAUUAAAAAAAGUAAACCAUUACCAGAAAAUUUUAUCUCAAAAAAGCAUGACAAUGAGCCAAAUGUCACAGUAGCUGACCUAAUUCAGGAAAAGUUCAGAAAUCAGUGGAUACAGGAAAGAUUGCUGAAAGAUUCACUUUGUAAUAAAAAAACAUUCAAGUUCAUACCCAAAGUGGGUCACUACGAAACGUAUAGUUCGAAGAUCAAGUCCUAUCAUCCAACUAUCAAACCAUCCCCUCCUUGGCGAAUGCCCCAUUUUCAGAAGGUUAAAUCUUGUCUUAACACCUUCUCAGAUGAGGAGAUUCGCCAAAAGUCAUUCAAGAACUUCCGUGCAGAAGCUCCUGCUAGAUGUGGUACCCUUUCUCUGGGCAUUUACACUAAUUCAGUUUAA